AGCGUUCCCCAAACACACAGCAGCAGCAGACGCGAUUUCAAAGCGAAAGCAAACCCGUAAAAUACGUACUGAUCCAGCAGGGAGUUCCCCCCAACGGAAGCACACACAAUUGGAUAUUUUGACCUUAAACAGCAGCUGUGACAACCAACAUAUUGCUCAUCACGCGACGAGUUCCCCCAGAGAAAGAGAGGGAGAGUUCAAAGCAGAGAGAGAUAGAUAGAUAGCCCCAUCAUUAGAGCCGGAGAAUGAGCUAACUGAAAAGCGAAGAAGAGACGGUGAUUUUUGCGAGUGAUUAGCAGCGGAAAGAAACAACAUCAGACAGCAACAGCAACCACAGCGAAAGCUGAGGUAAUUCACACACAAAAACAUGGGCGUUCGUGUGAUAGAGACCGAUUCGGCCAGCGAUUCGUACGACGAUGACGACUGCUCCACAUGCCAGAUGGCGCAGGGUAAAGCCCCCCACAGCGGCAGCAAUAAGACGAAGCGGAAUACUCCGCCACCGGAAACCACCAUCUACGCCAGCAAGGAUCUGGUGGGCAACCACAAGGAGUAUCGCAUCGAGAACAACUCGCGGGAUCUGCGCAUCAUUGGCAACGGCAACCGGAUACGGAUAGUCAGCAAUUCCGGCAGCCUCCAGAUCAUUGGUAAUGCCACCCGCCUGAAGAUCCAGAACAACAGCGGAUCGUUGAAGUACACCGGAAACGAUGGACGCAUCUACCUGGGCAGUGAGUCGCCACAGCAGGCCGUGGACUACACGGGCUGCAAUGGUUUAUUGAAGGUGGUCAGGUCCCUGGAUCUGAGUGGCAAUAAGAAGCAGAAGCCCAGCACAAGAUCUCAGAAGGCCCAGAACAAGCCAAAGGCGGCUCCCACGGGCAUUGAGAUCGACAGCAAUCUCACCAUCGAGCACGGAGUAUCCGGAAACAUUGUGAUCAAGAAUGCCAUUAAUGUGAGCAUUUAGAAACGGGCAAAGGCGGAGGAGGAGGAGGAGGACGAGGAGCUUGAUCUCUAGUCAAAGACCAAAGAUUAGUGUAUCCAUCCCAAAAUCGUAUUGCUGCAACUCUUGCCCAGUUCCUACCGACUGCAAUUAGUCUUAUCUGUGACUUUCGACUGCUACAACUAGAGUAUUACCACAAACGCCACGUCGCUAGUCUAGAAUAUAUAUAUAUUCAUCAUGACCAUUUUUAGCCUAAAAUAAUGAUGUCCCCCGAUUAUGAUUAUGAGGGACUUAUUUAUAGCCACAACCAACGCACAAAGAACAAAAUGCCAGAGCUUCAUUCCGAGAAUGAAUACUAAACUAUAGUAACC